AUGAAAUAUUUUUGUCAUGUUAAACAUUGUUUCUUACAUUUUAGAUUUGCCAAAUUAAAGCAGGAGAAACAACAUGUUAUGUUCCCAGGUGAAAUAGAUACACCUCAAGAUCUUCCUGCACGUACACGAUUUCAAAAAUAUCGUGGAUUGAAAAGAUUUCGUUCAUCACCGUGGGAUGCAAAAGAAAAUUCGCCAUUUGACUAUGCUAAAAUUUUCCAGUUUAAAAAUUUUAAAAGAAUGACAAGAAAGAUUUUGUACAAUGAUAUUGAAGAAGAGGAACUUGAUAGUAGUGUCUUGGCAUGGACAUAUGUGAGGUUACAUAUAGCAAAUGUUCCUAAAUCAUUCAUGGACAAGCAUGAGACUGGUGCACCAGUUGUUGUAUUUGGUUUGUUACCACAUGAGCAGAAAAUGUCCGUCAUUAAUUUAGUUCUUCGCAAGUCACAUGACCUGUGUCGACCAAUCAAAUCAAAGGAUAAACUUAUCUUCCACAUUGGUUGCAGACGAUUUACAGCUAAUCCAAUAUUCUCUCAACAUACAAAUGGCAACAAACACAAAUUUGAGAGGUUUAUGCCCCAGGACACAGAUGUUGUUGCUACAUUAUUUGCACCAAUCUCCUUCCCUCCAGCACCAGUACUUGUCCUCCAAGAUAGACCAUUUGGUGAGAUAGAACUGGUUGCUAAGGGAUCUUCAUUAUCAGUAGACCCAGACAGAACUGUGGUUAAACGUGCUGUACUUAGUGGCCAUCCUCUAAAGAUUCACAAGAAGUCUUGUGUAGUCAGAUAUAUGUUCUUUAAUAGAGAGGAUAUAAACUGGUUUAAACCAGUAGAGUUAAACACGAAAUGGGGUAGGAGAGGUCAUAUUAAGGAACCAUUAGGAACACAUGGACAUAUGAAGUGUGUAUUUGAUGGACAGUUUAAGUCACAAGAUACUGUUUUGAUGAACCUGUACAAGAGAGUGUUUCCAAAAUGGACCUACAGUCCUGUAGUAAACAGACCUACAAGUAUAGCAAGGUCAUCUAACUAUGUUUCCAUGGAAACCAUAGACGAGGAAGAUGAAGAAAAAGAAGGAGCAGCGUUUGCCAUGUUCGAUUAGAUAUCUGAAUAUUUUAUUGAAGACAUUUUGUUAAAAUUCCUAACUAAUGCAAGCCUUGGCUUUUGUUUACCGGAGAUUUGUUUAAUAGAUUUUUGUUAUUGAAAUAUCGGAAAUUUUUAUUUCACAACAAGAAAACAAAUAUGAGAGAAAUAAAAUCUUUUAAUGAG